CUUCUAUUGUCCCGAAAUCGGCGAAUAAAUAUUUUUCCUUUAGGCAUGCCAAGAAACCGACUGAAAGAGUCAUACUCCUCACCGGUGGCAGAUAUCUUUCAAAUUACAUACAUAUCUAAAUACUCAGAAAAGAGCAGUGCUUCAAAUUGUGUUGGUAUUACAGGUUAAAUCAUCUCUUCACUUUGUUGAAUAAACCUUUUGCAUUUGAUUGAAUUUCCUGUGCAAGCCCUUUCGUCCAGCCAAAAGAAAGAAAGAACGAACAAGAGAAAAGAAAAAGAACAAAAACAACUGAGGGAGGGAGAGAGAGAGAGAGAGAGAGAGCUCCUUCACACUUCUCUUUUCCCACAAUGGCUUCUUCCCCAUUCAUUAUCAAAACGCCCUGUUCAUCUGCCAAUAUCGGUCCUGGAUUUGAUGUGAUCGGCCUGGCACUGUCGCUCCACCUUGAACUCCAUGUCACUAUUGACUCCACCAAAGCCUCACAACAUCCUUUGAAUUGUGUCGUCACCUAUGAUGAUCAAAGCAACAGCGCGGAAGAGAUCAGUCUGGAUCCGGAAGUGAACUUGAUCACCCGUGUAGCUCUGUAUGUACUUCGAUGCCAUGAUCAGAGAGCAUUCCCUGGGGAGACCCAUGUCCAUAUUGUAAAUCCUAUUCCACUGGGUCGGGGUCUCGGUUCGUCUGGUACUGCAGUGGUGGCCGGUGUGAUGUUGGGCAACGAAGUAGGCCGCCUCGGAUUGAGCAAAGAACGGCUACUGGAUUAUUGCUUGAUGAUCGAGCGGCACCCGGACAAUGUCGCUGCUUCUCUUUUUGGGGGCUUCGUCGGAACUUACUUGAAUGAACUUAAGCCCGAAGAUAUAGCCCGCAUAGAGAUUCCACUGAGUGAAGUUUUACCCGCCCCGGCGGGGGGUAUCGAUACUGGCAUACGGCCUCCGGAGCCUCCAAUUGGUAUCGGCCACUAUAGGAAGUUUCAGUGGGCCAAGGAGAUCAAGGCUAUUGCAAUUAUCCCAGAUUUUGUGGUGCCAACCGCCAAUGCACGAGGUGUCCUACCCACUGCAUAUUCAAGAGCAGAUGUUGUCUUCAACCUACAGCGUGCUGCCUUGCUCCCUGCAGCAUUGGGCACGUCUCCUCCCGAUCCAGACAUGAUAUAUCUAGCCAUGCAAGACAAGGUUCAUCAGCCAUAUCGGAAGACCCUUAUCCCAGGUCUAACGGAAAUACUCCAAUCUAUGAACCCGAGCACGCAGCCAGGUCUGCUUGGAAUAUGCCUAUCGGGAGCAGGGCCAACAAUCUUAGCUUUGGCUACGGAUAGGUUCACUGAGAUUGCAGAACGUAUUAUUGCUAACUUUGCUUCCAAUAAUAUAACCUGCCAAUGGAAGCUCCUUGAGCCUGCCCAGGAUGGGGCUACGGUGCAUUAUUAACAUCAUUGCAUACCUUUCAUCCUAUGUGCCCCUAGAUAGGGAUGAUCAGGGGCGAGGAAUAAAUAUUCCGUUUAUUAUAACCAUGGCUACGUUUGAAUGGGAUAUCGUCAGAGUGGUUCUUCCCCUGGCCGAGUUGGUAAGGGAUGAGUGAAGGUCAGGUUAUUUUUUAACAAAAUUACCGAUAGGCAGGGUUCUUAGAGAAGCAUAAAGUGAAGUUGUGGGUGCUCUGGAUUUUUGCACUUAACUUUACUUUUAUUUUACUAUAUUCUUUCCUUUAUACUUUUAGUAGUUCCUCUCCGUUUUCUGGUUCCUCUCACUAGAGCAUACUGCCCCAUUGAAGUGCCCCAGAUUGGUCAUGCCAGUUUGACACCUUAGCCAAGGCGGUAAAGGCCGACUUGGACGGUUAAUCACCGCCUCCACAAUUCGCACUCACUCACAGCUCUUUACCUAGGGAUUCCAA